GUACACUUCUCUUGCAACCAAUUCUUAAAUAUACACAAAAUUUGGGAUUAUAUCCUGUUCCUGACACUUAUAAACUUGAAACUUCUUGGGGACGUAGUAUAAAAAAUUAUGUUCAAGCAUCUAUAGAUUAUAUUGAAAAAACUCUAUAUUUUAAAAUUGAGUAG